AUGGCGCUUGAAAGAGAUCUCCAAACUGAUCCUCCAUGCCACCCACGCGCGCUCACAGGCAUCACAGAUUGUUUGACGCGGAAUGGAUUUGACGAAGCCAAGUGUACAAGAUAUGUCGAUGCCCUCUACGAAUGUUGCCAGGCAUUCUACAAAAAGAACGGCGACGAGGCAACCACGGUUAGCUGCCCGAAGGCGAGCUUGUUGAGGCUGAAGAUGGAGCAGAGGGAGAAGGCGAAGCAAUAA